GAAGAGUUUCAGGUUAAGAACAGACCUCCAGAACGAAUUAAGUUCUUAACCCGAGGUACCACUGUAUAUAAAUUCUGCACUAGAAAUCUGUCUAGAGUUAUGUUAAUAUUCAAACCACACACCCCUGGUCUAGCAGGAGCAGCAUGAACUCAUGCAGGUUUACUGUAGAGCUGGGCAACCUGUGGCCCUCCAGAUAUUGCUGCACUACAACUCCCAUCAUCCUUGACCUAUGGUUAUGCAUUGCCAGCUGGAGCAGAUGGGAGCUGGAGCUCUGGCCUUGCCGCUGCCUCAAAAACGUGUUUUUGUACUGCAUUGUGGCCGCACAUAGCACCCUUUUCCCUGUAGAAAAACAGAUCCACCGCUAAAACUGAAGGGAAUGUCUGAUUUUAUCAUUUUAACUCUCUAGCCCUCACUGUUCCCGGAAAGUAAGAGUUUGUAAAAAAAUUAAUUUCCGAAGUACAGCGAGACACCAGUGUCACCUUCUCUCGUUUGGUCCCUCCACCUUUAAAAACUUCUGUUUCCCGUCAACCCAGCCCUCCCAUCAAUCCAUUGUGAUGGCUGAAAAGAAGCGAUGGGGGGCGGGAGGGAUUUUUGGUUUCUGCCCAAACUCGGCCCCGCCUUCGAGGACUUAAAAGCCGCGGACCAAAGCACUGCGUGCAUAUUGGGCCUUUGGGAUUCACACGUGGAGAAAGGCUCCCUCAGCCUCGUCACCAUGGGCAAAGAGAAGACCCACAUCAACAUAGUGGUUAUUGGGCAUGUGGACUCUGGCAAGUCGACCACCACAGGCCACCUCAUCUACAAAUGUGGAGGCAUAGACAAGCGUACCAUAGAGAAAUUUGAGAAGGAGGCAGCUGAGAUGGGGAAAGGCUCUUUCAAAUAUGCCUGGGUGCUGGACAAGCUAAAAGCUGAGCGUGAGCGAGGGAUCACCAUCGACAUCUCCCUGUGGAAGUUCGAAACCAGCAAAUUCUACAUUACCAUCAUCGACGCUCCCGGCCACCGGGACUUCAUAAAGAACAUGAUCACUGGGACCUCUCAGGCUGACUGUGCAGUGCUGAUUGUGGCUGCUGGCAUGGGUGAGUUUGAAGCUGGCAUCUCCAAGAGUGGGCAGACCCGUGAGCAUGCCCUUUUGGCCUAUACUUUGGGGGUGAAGCAGCUCAUCAUUGGGGUGAACAAGAUGGACUCCACAGAGCCUCCUUACAGCAGCAAGCGCUACCAGGAGAUUUCCAAGGAAGUGAGUGCCUACAUCAAGAAGAUUGGCUACAACCCAGCCACUGUGGCCUUUGUGCCCAUCUCUGGGUGGCAUGGAGACAACAUGUUGGAGCCCAGCAGUAAUAUGCCUUGGUUCAAGGGCUGGAGCAUCACCAGGAAGGAAGGCAAUGCCUCUGGCACCACUUUGCUGGAAGCUCUGGAUUCUAUUAUCCCUCCUUCCCGCCCUGUUAACAAGCCCCUUCGCCUUCCUCUGCAGGAUGUCUACAAGAUUGGUGGCAUUGGCACUGUCCCGGUGGGCAGGGUGGAAACAGGGUUCCUGAAGGCCGGCAUGGUGGUCACCUUCGCCCCCACCAACAUCACCACAGAGGUGAAGUCUGUGGAAAUGCACCACGAGGCGCUGGCGGAGGCCCUGCCAGGAGACAAUGUGGGCUUCAACGUCAAGAACGUGUCGGUGAAAGACAUCCGUCGUGGGAACGUGGCCGGGGACAGCAAGAACGACCCUCCCAUGGAGGCAGGCAGCUUCUCAGCCCAGGUGAUCAUCUUGAACCACCCGGGCCAGAUCUCAGCAGGCUAUGCCCCAGUCCUGGACUGCCACACAGCCCAUAUCUCCUGUAAGUUUGCUGAGCUGAAGGAGAAAAUUGACCGCAGGUCUGGCAAGAAGCUGGAGGAUGACCCCAAAUCCCUGAAGACUGGUGAUGCGGCCAUUGUUCAGAUGAUCCCUGGCAAGCCCAUGUGUGUGGAGAGCUUCUCUGAAUACCCACCUCUUGGUCGUUUUGCUGUGCGGGACAUGAGGCAGACAGUGGCUGUGGGUGUAAUUAAGUCUGUGGAGAAGAAGGCUAGUGGGGCAGCUAAAAUAACUAAGUCUGCCAUAAAGGCCAGUAAAAAGUGAACAGCUUCUUGCUCCCCCCCCCCAGCACCAACAGCUGGUGCUUAGGCUCUUUCUGAUCCCUGACUGGAGCCUGGCCUCGCUCAAACUGGACUGAUGGCUGAGCACUGCCAUGCAGCGGAAGAGGAUCUUGAAGGAAACUGGACACUCUGUGUGGGUGGUGGGUUUAGAUAUAA